UUUAGACUGUGGACGAGUGCAACAGAUCAUCAUGAGUUAUUCUCCCAAAGCCAUGGCCGACGAGAAGAUUGAGCGAAAUGGGCCGCUGGACGAGGAGGUAGCGGGUGUGGUCGCACACGGAUCUCAGUUGACGCGCCAGGUUCUGUGGAAAAUGGACAUCAGAAUCUUGCCCAUUCUCGCAUUGCUCUUUCUAUGCUCAUUCAUCGACCGAACGAAUGUUGGGAAUGCAAAGAUUUUGGGGCUCCAGGCUUCAAUUCACAUCAAUGAUCAUCAAUAUGCUAUCGGUCUGUGCGUCUUCUAUGCAACGUACAUCGCCAGCGAACUCCCGAGCAAUCUUGUCUUGAAGAAGAUGUCGCCAAAGGUCUGGCUUCCUCUCUUGACAGUAUUGUGGGGGAUCCUCACCAUGUGCCUUGGCUUUGUUCGAAACUUCGGGUCGUUCGUGACGGUGAGAGCACUUCUAGGCAUGGCAGAAGGUGGUCUCUUGCCAGGAAUGGUUCUCUAUCUCUCCCACUUCUACAAGCGUACGGAGCUGGCCCUGAGAAUCGGUAUCUUCUACACUGCCGCUUCUUUAUCUGGUGCUUUCGGAGGCCUGCUAGCAAGAGGUCUUUCCGCGAUUGGACACGCAGGAGGCUUGGAUGGAUGGAGAUGGAUCUUCAUCAUCGAGGGGCUAAUUACAGUCGCGUGCGGAGUUCUCAGCUUCUUCGCCCUCCCGAACUCCAUUGAAACCGCACGGUUCUUCAACCACGAUGAAAAGGCCCACGCGCGCUACAGACUCGAGGAAGCCGCUAUCCUCGAAAAGUUCACGUGGUCCGAAGUCCGCCGCGGAGUCUUCAACGUGCAAGUCUGGCUCUCCGCCACCGCCUACUUCGCCAUCCUAUCCGGUAUCUACUCCUUCGGCCUCUUCCUACCAACCAUCAUCAACAACCUCAAAUUCGCGCACGACCCCAACCAAGCACAACUUUGGACCGUCAUUCCCUACGCCGUGGCAGCCGUCUUCACAGUCUUCAUAGCCGUCCUGUCAGAUCGCCUCGCUCUCCGAGGCGUCCUCAUGCUCUUCACUCUCCCCAUUGCCAUCGUCGGAUACGCCGUUAUUUCUGUAAGCCGCAACCCAAGAGUGCAAUACGGGAUGACAUUCAUGAUGGCAACGGGCAUGUACGCUAGCGUUCCGCCAGUCUUGUCCUGGAACAGCAACAACAGCGCCGGCCACUACAAACGCGCCACAACAAGCGCGCUACAACUGGCCAUCGCGAAUUCUGGAGGCUUCGUGGCAAGUUUUAUAUAUCCGAAAAAGCAAGCGCCCCAGUUUCAUAAGAGUCAUACCAUAAUCCUGGGACUUUUGUGCGCGGCGUGGGUCCUGAUUCUGGCGAAUGUGACGUGGUGUAAGAAGAUGAAUCGGGAUAAGGAUAAUGGGAAGUAUGCGCAGUUUGAGGGCUCGGGGGAUGAUCGAGAUCCGAGUUUUAGGAUGGUGUUGUAGUGGAUUGCUUUACCUUUACGCCCUUUUGGGUUCCGAGUUCUCACUGUAGAGCAUUGCACUUCAAGCUAUUGGCGCAAGG